AUGGCCUUGGUUGAAUACUCAGACUCCGAGGGAGAGGAUGCGCGGCCAGCUACUCCGCCUCAGAAGAAGCGUAGGUUGACGGGAAAAGGUGGUAACGAGCUUCCGCCGCUGCCGGCCGCCUUCUUGGAUCAGUACUCGUCGACGGUGAGAACGAGCACGCAAGAUGAGCCAUCGCUGCAUGGUGGGAGAAAGCGUGUAACGCCGCAUGUCGAGGGUAAUUGGCCUACGCAUGUCUAUUUGGAAUCCACCCGGCCCGAGGAUUCGAAGCAAGCAAAGCCCAAGCCUGAGAUCAACAGCCUCCUCCAGAACAACUUAGGCGUCUCUUUGCCGCUACACAUCUCGCUCUCUCGCCCCUUGACCCUGAAGAACGCGCAAAAGGAGAGCUUUCUUGCUCAUUUGCAGCACUCCAUCACCGAGGCUGGCAUCAAAGCACUUGCGAUCAUACCUAAAGGACUGGCAUGGCACCCCAACGAGAGCAAGACCCGCUGGUUUCUCGUUAUCCGGCUUCAGAAGUCACCUGAGCUUGACAAGCUCUUAGCCACCUGCAACAGUGUGGCAAAGGAGUUCAAGCAGUCGCUUCUCUACGUGGAGAAGGGCAAGCCAAAAGGCGAUAAGUUCCACAUCAGCAUUGCGUGGUCACUGAACGCUCCGAGGACGAAGGACACGAGGCGGCAUUCAGAGGCAGGCACCAACGAAGAAGAAGAUAUGGGCAUCCCGUACGAGCUGAUACAGCGGCUGUGUGAGCUCGACAUCAACUUCAGCGAGGUGAAAGUCCGCGUCGGACAAGACGUCAACGUCGUCAGCCUCAAGUCAAAGCGAUAA